UACCGACACCUAUCAUCCUGUACAGUGAUUCAUCACGAAUUUGCAAAUCUGGUGACUAAUACUUUAUCAUACUUUGCGAAAAAGUAUGAGACAGUUCACUUAACUUUUUGGCACGCUUUUUACUUCAUUUUAUAGGGUGUCCAAACCACGACUUUUUUAUGCUGUGUGUGAAUACUUUAUAACACGGAAACGUAACUUACUUUCCUAUUAUUGGAAGUCGUCCAACGCACCUGCAAGAAGGGGAAAACAUUUACGGAAGAAACUACCAGUUCAACUCUGGCAAAAGACGCCUGUCUGAUCCAGGCUGUGAUUUAACAUUUAAACGCUAUCUCUCGAUGUGCAACGUGCACUUUGGCAGUCAAUUACAUAUGGAUUCUACUUAGGAUGGGAUGUACUCCUGUGGUUCAUUUCAAAGUUUCGAACAAACUUUGGCUGUUACGCGCCGCCUCUGAGAAGUGGCCACAAACUUCUGCUUGACUUCGUGUCCAUAUCAACUCAAGCGUGCCCUCCCGUACACAUCGCUGACACGGGCCCAGCGAGAGAGCGCACCGGCCGGCUGCCGUCAUGGGCUGGCGUCCGUAUCCUGGAGCUUUCACGGUAUGGACAGUGACUGUUCUGGUGAUUGAGCUUGUUUCCACGGCCUUGGGGAAGAGGCAUGUGGUCUACUGGAACUCCACAAACACCAAGCUGGUGAACGGCGACUACGCCAUCACGGUGGAUCUGAACGACUACCUGGACAUCCUCUGCCCGCACUACCCCGCCGACCUCCCGUCCUCCGCGUCGCCGCCGGAGACGCUGGCGCUCUACCUGGUGCCGGAGGCGAGCUUCCGCGGUUGCCAGGAGACGCGGGGGGCCAUCAAGCGCUGGGAGUGCAACAGCCCCUACGCCCCCUACGGCCCCGUGCGCUUCUCCGAGAAGAUCCAGCGCUUCACGCCCUUCUCCCUGGGCUUCGAGUUCCUGCCCGGACGACACUACUACUAUAGCUCGCUCUCUACAGACGAUGGCCCUCCCCUGCCCUGCAUGAAGAUUCGAGUCACAGUGUGCUGCUCGUCCACAACAGCUGGACCAGAACGAGACCAAGGAACCCCGGCCCCUCGCAGUGGAGUUGAUCCCGUGAGGAGCACCUCAUGUCCUGCUCUCCUACUUUUCUCUCUUCUCCUAGUUCUCCUGUCUGUCUGAUUUCCCUGCCCCAUCCACUCACAGUUACACAAAAACACACACAAAGAAAGAGAGAGAGAGAGAGAGAAUUCUCAAGUUGUGCGUAAAAAGAAAUCUCUCUGCAGUUCCUGUAGUGGCACUAAUCUCUGGCUCCAUUUCCUCUCAUCUUUUCUCUUUGUCCACUGACUCCUCUCUCCUCUCCUCUUCUCCUCUUCUCCGCUCUCUGCUCUCCGCUCCUCUCUGACUUCAGAGUCCUCUGUAACGGACCGACUCUAAUCUGGCCUUCAAAGAACACCAGCCCUGUGUCUGACCAGUUAGUGUUUUAAUCGCUCCUCAAUCAUGGAGGGCUUUUCUUCCUGUCUUUGUACUUUUCUUCCUUUAUCUCUUUCUCUCUCUCGUCACCUCUUUCUGUUAACAGUCUCUCCCUCUAUACCCCCCCCCCCCUUUUUGCUGUGGCUGUACAUAAUCACCAAACUGAGCCAAAGAGGAAAGAAGUGGACCGGCGAACUCUGACCUCUCACCCCUGACCUCCUCAAACACUACUGAGUCAACCAUCAGACACUGUGGCUGACUUUGUUUAUUGUUAUUGUUUUUUGUUUUUUUCCUGCUAGCUUUUUUUCCAUCUUAGUGGACCUUGUUUAGAUUCGGUCACUGUUUUUGUAGAGGUCUCUACAAAAUGGAAAUGACCUAAAUGCUGACGUUUGAGGAAACAUUCUUUCUGGGGCAUUCGGUUGUGCAAUUUUGACUGAAAGGUGCACAAGAUGGACUCUUUUGAGUAGCACCUCUUGGACAGGAUGUCAGGAUCUCUUAACAUGACCCUCUCUGGGAGAUCUCACGGGUCUGAAAGACUGCCCCUACGUUUAUCAGGAUUCCGCUGGAAUAAAUUGGAUUUAUCUGGAAUAACCUGGAUUUCUCUGGAAUAGAAUAGACAUUUUAGAAAUAAUCUGGAGUAACCUGGAUUUGACAUUGCUGGAAAUUACAUGAUUGACCCACUGAUUGGAUUCUAAGGUCACAAGCUGUUCACUUCCUCCUUGGUUUCACCAGGGUCCCCAGAUCAUCACAUCUUACAAACCACAUUCCAGUACUGAAGAAUCUGAUUGGUUGAAUACCUAUUGUCAUCUUUACAGUGGAUAACUCUGUAUGGCUAGAUGAAUCUAAGCACUUAUCCCCGUUAAUCCAGUCAAAUAAAUAUGUUAUCUGCUGCAUUCUUUUAUUUUCAAAUACUAUGUUUAGUUGGCUGCUCCUUCUGAGCUUUUUUAGAUCCCAUAAAAGCAAUUGUGUUGUUGCCCUGUAUAAAAGAUGUUGUAAGAUGGUGGGGAAAAAGCUCACAGCGCAUUGCUGGUACUUCCAAAUUUUUUAUACGUUUUGUAUAAUAAUACAUGUUUGGUAAAAUAAUUUUAAAUAUUCAGAUAUAGAAUUUAUUUUUACACAACAGAAGGGUUUGUAGUCAUAAUCAUCUGAAACUGUUGUUAGCUCACAGAGUAGUGUCUUUCUAGAUAGAGCUUUGUGAAUUAUCAGUGUCUCCCUUUUUAAUUUUGGUUUGACAAAAAAAAUGGAUUGAUAGAAAAAUAUGUAAAAUUAUAUAACUUCAUUUUGAUAACUAAAUUCUUGAUUAUGAUUAUAUUCUAAUUUAACAGUAAAAAGCGGUUCUGUUAUUUGAAGUAAAUUAAGGUUUCAAAAUUGUGAUAAAAUCAAGGUUAAAAAAUAUAAACGGAUUAUGUACAAUCAUAUGGUUACAAGAAACUUUUAUUAUUAUUCUUUUUCUGAGAAAUAAGUACGACCAUGUCAUUUUCUGUUUUUAGUCUGUUUUGUAAAUAUUUCCCCCAUCCAAACACAGAAAGAGAGAUUCUGAUAUUUAUGGAAUUCUAGAAUCAGAGUGUAUUUCACUCUGAGAGCACAGUACAAUCAGUUCAUAGCGAAAUCAACUUUUUUAUACUGGACAAUUGUGUGUUUUUGUUUGUUUUUCACAUUUUAGUGAAGAAUUUAGCAUCUUCUAUGAAGAACUGCGGUCUGUGUUUAUAAGGCAAAAAGAACAAAAUAAAAGCUAUGACUUGUA